AUGGGUCUGUGCGUCCUGCUGGCGACUGUUUCUAUGGAGGACAAACGCCUCCUGGGCUUUACAAGAGACCGGUUCGACGCUGGACCAUCGCUGUGGGCGGGGAUGUCGGAGCCUGGGACGAACCCUUUGCGACAGAUCUUGGACGUUUUGGAAGAGGAGGUGGAUUGGAUCAGCUACGACGGCUGGGGGAUGCACGUCCCCGAGGGAUACUUCCGUUUCGCGACCGGUCCGGACAAGUUCGUGGAGGAGCUUAGGAGGCUAGGGGGAGAGGACGACGUCAGGCAGUGGAGGGAAUUGACGGAGAAGAUGAGGCCGUUGUUGCGGGCGGCCGCCGCGAUUCCGCCGCUUGCGCUGCGGGGGGACUACUGGGCGCCGAUAACCCUGCUGCCCUACAUUGUCGAUGCGCUUAGACAUGCUGGGCCGGGUGUACAGGCUCUUCAGGGCGCGUUCACGGACGUCUUGGAGGGGACUGUGGAGAGGGACAGCUUCCUCUUUAAGUGGCUGGACUACCUCUCCUUUGCCCUCAGCGGUCUGCCGGCAGAUGGCACGAUGGCGGCGGCCGUGAUCUAUACGAUAGGAGACUUGCACCGGCCGGGAUGCGUUAUCGACUACCCGCGAGGGGGCGGAGGGGCGGUUAUUGCGGCCAUGGUGAGGGGCAUCGAGAAGCUAGGCGGAAGGGUCGAGCUCAAGUCCCACGUCCAGGAGAUCGUGGUGGAGGGGGGCAAGGCCGUCGGCGUUAAGCUAAGAUCUGGUGCCGUUGUCCGAGCGCGGAAGGCCGUGGUGUCUAACGCCUCCAUAUGGGAUACUAUUGGACUGAUCCCAGAGGGCGCGGUGGACCCCAAGUACAUCGAGGACAGCAUGGACACACCUGACACCGGCAGCUUCAUGCACCUCCACCUUGGCAUCGACGCCGAGGGGCUGGACGAUCUUGACAUACACUACUCGGUGGUAGAGUCGUGGACCGUGCCCAUCGACGCCCCGCAGAACAUGUUCAUCGUCAGCAUCCCCACGGUGCUCGACAAGUCACUCGCGCCCGAUGGCAAGCACCUGGUGCACAUCUACACGGCCGGAAACGAGCCGUACAAGCUGUGGGAAGGGAUGAAGCGCGGCUCCCCGGAGUAUGAGGCGCUGAAAAAGGAGAGGGCGGAGUGCAUGUGGAAGGCUCUGGAGAAGAUUAUCCCGGACGUGCGGCGACGGACAGAAGUAGAGCUUGUGGCCACGCCCCUCACCCACGAGUUCUUCAACAGACGAUUCAAAGGAGGCUGUGAAGAGACAGGAGUACGGAAGGCAAUUCAUCCGUAGGCACGCAUAAGGAGAACCUACCUCUUCGACAACCUUCGGCAGCGAGGAUACCGCUGGCGGAUAGGCGACUCUUCUUCCGAAUGCCACCUGCUGGCAUGGACACUGUAUGAUGAGGCCCCGCUUGGUCCACUCUCUUCUUGGCCCCUCCCCUCACACAAAAUUUCUUGCCAUAACAAUUACGAUGGGCAUGCCUGACGACCGCCUAACGCGGACAUGAAGUUGCACAACCUUCGCUCGCUCGAAUUAGUCUGGGUUGCCGCUUGACUUCCGAGCCAUCAAGGAUCGUUGAUCUUUCUUUGCAUUUCACUACUCAACCGCAACGAAAACGCAAGGCUCCUACGGGCCUGGGUGGAGAGCGGGCGAAGCUGAGUUCCCCGGGUGCGUAACGCCUCUGAAAGGCUUGCUUCACUGCGGAGAUUCGACGCUGCCGGGACUGGGUCUGCCAGCGGUGGCAGCCAGUGGCAUGAGUGCCGCCAGCACCCUGACCCCUGUGUGGAAGCAGCUGGGACUG